CUUUGGUGACAGGAGGCGCCCGCCUUUUCCGGUCCCGUUGGGAGCCGCUCGUUCCGCAAUAUGGGAACAAUAUAUUUGUUUCGCAAAUCACAGCGGUCUCUUCUGGGCAAGUUAACACAGGAAUUUAGAACUGUAGCUGCUGAUCGAAGGUCAUGGAAGAUCUUGUUGUUCGGUGCAAUAAAUAUAUUAUGUACUGCAUUCCUGCUUAUGUGGUGUAGUUCAACAAACAGCAUAGCUUUAACUGCAUAUACCUAUCUAACAAUCUUUGAUCUUUUCAGCUUAAUAACAUGCUUAAUAAGUUAUUGGGUGAUGAUGAAGAAGCCCAGUUCCUCAUAUUCAUUUGGAUUUGAGAGAUUUGAAGUCCUAGCAGUAUUUGCUUCUACGGUUCUUGCACAACUUGGAGCACUUUUUAUACUUAAAGAAAGUGCUGAACGAUUUAUUGAACAACCAGAGAUUCAUACGGGUCGAUUGCUGGUUGGUACCUUUGUGGCACUCACUUUCAACUUGUUUACAAUGCUUUCAAUUAAGAACAAACCAUUUGCUUACGUGUCUGAAGCUGCAAGUACAAGUUGGCUUCAGGAACAUGUUGCAGAUCUCACUAGGAGCUUGUGCGGUAUCAUUCCUGGACUGAGUAGCAUCUUUCUCCCACGUAUGAAUCCAUUCAUCUUAAUUGAUCUUGCUGGGGCUUUAGCUCUUUGUAUUACAUACAUGUUAAUUGAAAUUAAUAAUUAUUUUGCAGUUGAUACAGCUUCUGCAGUAGCUAUUGCUUUGAUGACAUUUGGUACCAUGUAUCCCAUGAGUGUCUACAGUGGAAAGGUAUUGCUUCAGACGACACCGCCUCAUGUGAUUGGACAGCUAGAUAAACUUAUACGAGAGGUUUCUACUUUGGAUGGAGUUCUAGAAGUUCGAAAUGAACACUUCUGGACAUUGGGGUUUGGUUCACUGGCUGGAUCAGUUCAUGUGAGAAUUCGAAGAGAUGCCAAUGAACAGAUGGUACUUGCACAUGUGACAAAUCGGUUAAAUGCAUUAGUAUCUAUUUUGACUGUUCAGAUUUUCAAAGAUGACUGGAUUAGGCCUACUUUGGCCACUGGACCUAUUGGGAACAAUAUGCUUUCAGAUCAUUACAUUAUUCCAAUGCCAUCUCUAAAAGCAGCAGAAAAUUCUGAUCAUGUUACAUCCACUCCAACUAAACCAAGCAGUCCACCUCCAGAAUUUGCUUUUAACACACCAGGUAAAAAUAUGAACCCUAUCAUUCUCAUGAACACUCAGACAAGGCCCUAUGGAUUGAAUUUCAACCAUGGAACUGUACCUUACAGCAGUGUCUUCACUCAAGGCUUUGGAUUGCCAGGAACGGGAGUAACCCAGGGAUUGAGGACUGGCUUCAUUAAUGUUCCUCAGAGAUAUGGAACUGGCACUCGAGGUCAAUUAAGACCCUAAUAAACUGUUUCUAUAUUUAUUGUUUAAAAUUACUUCAAUUAUUUUAUUGCUCAUUUUUCUACAAGACUGUUUGACUUCCUGGUGACUAGUAUCAGAAGUUUUCAAAAUCAUGAAAACGUGCAUUCAUGGAUUGACUUUUUUUGAUGCAGUUAUCCAUUUCUGACUGUAAAGCCAUAGCUUUAUAAAAAGUUAUUGCAAUUGCAUAUAUUGCUGGUCUUGUAAAUAAUUUCAACAUAGUACGUGAAAGGAACUCCAGAAAAUAACGGUUUUGCAAAGUGUCUAUUAACAAAAUUAUUUUUUUUAAAGUUUCUUUGAUGUAAUCAUAGAAUCAUUUUUAAAGGUUUUCUGAACAAUGGAAAAUUAUUAUUUGGUAAAUCCAGCAAGUGCUCCUGAAAUUCAGGUUGAUAUUAAAAUGCUUAUGGGUAAUCUUGCCUGUGGCGUGCAGAGGAGAACUCAUGAAAUAUGACAGUGUGGGAAGACAACGAAGGUCAUCUGUAACUGAUUAUUAAUAUUGUGUCGAAUACAUUUCUCACAUGCAGAGUUACUUUUCUGGAAGAAAGAUGACAUCAGAGAUUUUAAACAGGAACAUGUGGAUAGUUAAACUUUAGGGACAGGUUUCUCCCCUCCUCUAAGAGCAUAGGCCUGAGGGGAAGAGCUGAAGUGGUCCUGGGUACCUGAAGAGCUGAAAAUUCCAGAGGAAGGCCUAUAGCUGUGGUAGAGACCCAAAGAGAGGGAUUCCUAUGGUGGUGCCUAACUACAGAGGAGGGAAAUGGAAUUAAGAGCAGAGAUGGAGAUUCAGAAACGGCGAAGCAAGGAAGGCUCUGUCUUUAUCUCCCAUCACCAACAUAAAUUUCAGGCUGAGGAGAACUGCUGCAGGUGGACUAAAGGAAAACAGCAUUUGAAUUUUGAUUGAUUUGAUUGACGGGGAAGGAAAUGCUGAAAAAUACAGCCCAGAGCUGCUGAGCAAUAAAAGCGGCCUGAUUUUGCUACUAUCCUGAAAGAAUCUACAGUAGGAUGGGUUUGUUGAUCUAGCAGACUGUUGUGGUAAUUUCAGCAUUCAACAUUCAGCAUUUAUUCUUUUCAGCCUGAUUGAAAGAUUGCUUCAUUUUAAGCCCUCUUCCCUCCGUCCCCUUGAUUUUGUGGCCCAGAGUUUCUGUAGCCUGUGCUGUCCUUCCCGGAGUAUACAUAUGCACAAAUGUGUAUAGAUGAAGAAUGACCUAGAACAAAAAAACUUCAUCUGGUUACACAAAAUAUAAUACAGGGGAUUUCCAUCCCUACUGCUAGGGAAGGAGUUGAAAAAAAAAUCCAAAAUCCAUGCUCAGCAAGUUUUCCCCACCUUGUUAACAUUCCUGGGUGAAGGGCAGCAAAAGGUUUCACACGGGACUUAGCUCAUAUUUAACUGGAGCCCAUUUGCUUUCCACCAAGAGUGCCAGGUUGAAUAUGUUUUGUUCUGCUAAUAAGUAUUUGUGAGUGAUGGAGUUGUAUACUUACUACUUGCAUUGUGUGUCGUAAUUGGUUUUCCCUCAGUGACAUCUUACAUUUAAAUAAAUGGAUACUAAUGGACAGUUUGGGGUUAGCAAAGGUUUCCACUGUGGGAAAUCAGAAGUGAUUAACUUUUUAAACAGUUUUGGGGAACCCCAUUUCUGCAACAGCAACGUGGAAUUGCUGCCCUUCAUCUCUUCUUUUCCCUCAAUAAAGAAUGUAUCCUUUUAUCCUGAGAUAUUCAGUGUAAGCAUGAUUACCUUCCCUGGAUAAGUCUGCUAUUCCUUUAUGAACAGAAAAACCUCUUUGAUCUAUUUCCAUAGAAAUGACGUCAUUUCCAUGAAAUGACGAGAUUAUAGGCAAUUUACCUGUAGCAAAUAUAAAGGUAUGAAUAAACAUACAUUGGUGCUUAAAA